AUGGCUUCUUCUGGUUGCAAAGGGAGUAAUUGCUUUGGAUUUUCUAGUAGAUUUAGCAAUCAACCAAAUAGAGUUGCGAUGUUGAUACAAGUAUUUGACUCCAAAUUUAUAGGAUUAAGGGUCGGUGUUUCUUACACUUCUCUUUGGACCUGGAUGUUUUACUUUUUCUUUGAAUCACGCAACAGCAAAGAAGAUCCUAUUGUCAUCUGGUUGACCGGUGGACCAGGUUGUAGCAGUGAGAUGGCUCUUUUCUAUGAGAAUGGACCUUUCACGAUUGCCAAUAACCUAUCUCUUGUAUGGAAUGAGUAUGGGUGGGAUAAGGUCUCGAAUAUUUUGUAUGUUGACCAGCCUACUGGGACUGGCUUCAGCUAUAGCUCUGAUAGACGUGAUAUUCGUCAUGAUGAAAAGGGUGUCAGCAAUGACUUGUAUGAUUUUUUACAGGUCAGUUUUGAUUUGUUCUUUUUCCCCUCCUCUACUCUAUGGAGUAAACAUCUGUAGCUUUUUUCCUAGAGUGACAAUAAAAAUUUUG